AUGGCGGCGCCACGCGGGACGUCCUUCUCUCUCGCUCCCAUGGACGAGCAAAGGUCUGCGAGAGCUGAGUCGGAGGGCAAGGCUACAAUAAGACUGAAGCAAAGGCUUCUGCGCGCGGAGAUGCUGAUCAGGAUGAUAACGAGGCUUAGGCUCGCCAACGGGCAGUUGCAAGGGACGGGCAGAGAGGAGGUUCUCGUGGUGGGGUUCGAGCAGAAGGGUGACGUCGCCAUAGUCAUUUUGGGGGAGACGACAGGUUACACCAGGAAGUGCGAUGAGGACCUCAGCUGCAAACUUAUGCCUGCCCUCAUGGACUGCCUUCCCAAGGUGUUCCACAGGUUUCAUUCAAGUCUUUCGCCAAGUGAGGAGAUCAGCAUGACAGAGAGCUUCAACAGGCUGAUUCGGUUGGGGAGGGUGGGGUACUCAGUCUUGGGCAUCACUGAUGCGCUUCGUCAGGUGCUGCUCGCGGGCAAGAAGCCGGGGCCGCCGGGGUCGUUGCUGGAGGCUGUCGCACACGAAAUUGCUCCACUCCUGGCAGCAGCGACCGGCAUUCCUUCGCGCGCGCAUGAGUGGGAGGCCGUUGAAGAGGGCUGCGAGGAGCCCGUCACGUUCCCGCGUGCCACCCGGAGGUGCAGCUCGCUGCGGAUUGCGCGCCUCGAGAAGCUGUCAGUCGGUGUGGGCGUACAAGUUGAGGAGAAGACGGGGGUACGUGUCACACCCGCGACGGUCUCUAUUUUCCGCAAGCAGAUGUGGAUGGUCGGUUUGGCCAAUCCAAACCUUGAGCUGGCGGCUUCCACCAUGGUUGACGAGUAG